CUGGUUCACUCUGUCAGAUUUGACUCAAUUUUCACUCCCCUUUUUCAUUCAAUGGUGAACCAAGGCUCUUAGCAGCGCUCUCAUACUUCGUUUAUUUCCACUGUCAACACAUUUUCUUCUUAUAAUAAUCAUUGUUCUUAUGCUAAAUGCGCUUAUCAUAUCCCUAUAUUAUCGGUAAUUGCGCAUAAACGUCUUAGACUAAGGCCAACCAAGUAUUCCAACCAAACCCUCCUAUCGAAAGUGAACGAGCUGUCGCGAAUUUCAAUUUCGCGAAAGACCAAAGUAUAAAAAAUUAUUUAAGUUUAAACGAUAGCAUCCCAUAACUUAAAAUCACACAGGUUACAAACAACUGUUAUCCAACUGUAACUUUUUUGUCUUAACUUAAGUUUCAAACUUAAUCUUUAGCCAAGUUGUUAGGGAAUAAUUGUAAUAUUCUUCCUAAAUUACUUUUCAAAAUUUUAAUCCGUUCAAGCAAUUAUCGAUCAAGUCUCGAGAUCUUUAUUUUAAAUCACCUCUGUUGAAAUAGUUGGAGCAAAACCACUCCCACUUUUUCCGUAUAUAAGCUGUAUUCCGUGUUACCAAGGGGACUGAUGAUUAGUUUUUCAUUAUUCUCGAUCAGUUUGGAUUAUUCUCAUUUUUUUUCAUUAUCGGCAGUAUCGUGUCGUUUUUGUGACCUUACCCUUGACAAGUAAAGAAUCAAUCUUGCCUUUGUCCACAACGUACGACACACGCACAUCAUCCACAUCAAACUUGAUGCAGCUAAUACUCCAAAUAACCUCAAUUCUUCUCCUCUACAACCAACGUGUAGAAAAUCCCCUGCUCGUUCCAACUAUUGACUGACCGCAAAAUCAACAAAAAUCCACGACACGAGUCACAAAGAGUUUGUGCCCUCACGUAAAAAACCAAAAAAGAGAUUUCGUCCGUGGAAGAAAUUUUCAACAUAUUUUUUUUGGUACCACGAGUCGGCAUAUCGGACGCUAUAAUCAAAAGUGCUCAACCGGUAAAACAAAAGUUAGGGAAUCUUCUUGAUGAAGCAAAAACAAUGGAUCUAACGCGCCUCCAGACCAACAUUCAUCGGUGGAGGAAGCAACAGCAAUUCGAACUCAAGAGGAGGACUAUAGAAAAUAAGGCGUCUAAAACUCUAUAUUGGUACAUUCGGAUCAACCAGCGAAAAAUAGUUGGAGAAUAUCCAGAAACAAAAGAAUGCGCAGAAAAAAGACUAAUACGCGGAUAUGGUCGACGAUGAUAAAGGCCUU